AUGCCUUCCAACACCAUCAAGUUCAUCCUUGCUGCCCUCCCGGCUCUGGCCGCAGCCGCCUGCUCCGGCCCCAAUGUGAACGAGGCCACCAUCAAGCUCAUGAAGGGCUACGAGAGCUGGGAGGCUGACGUCUACGACGAUGGCUAUGGAAACCCCACUGUCGGAUACGGCCACUUGUGCGACGACUGGUCCUGCUCCGAUGUCUCCUACGACAUUCCCCUUUCCGAAUCCGACGGGGAGAAGCUUUUCGCCGAGGACAUUGUCGCCUACCAAAAUGGCGUGGUCGCCGCUCUCUCUGACGAUGUCACCCUCAACGACAACCAGUACGGCGCCCUCGUUUCGUGGUGUUUCAACGUCGGCACCGGCGCCGUUGCCGAGUCCACCCUUGCCAAGCGCCUGAACAACGGCGAGGACCCUGAUACCGUCGCCGAGGAGGAGCUCCCCAAGUGGGUGUAUGCCAACGGUGCGCCUUCUGAGGGUCUUAAGAACCGCCGCGCUGCUGAGCUCAAGCUCUUCACAACCUCUAGCGAUACUGAGGCUUUGCCUGUUGACUGCUAG